AUGCAGAGUGCCCUCGACUCUCCGGGUUCCAGGUCGCGGCAAGGCUACUUCCAAUGCGGCUUCGGGUCGUGUCGCAAGGCCUAUAAUCGGGCGGACCAUCUGAUCCGCCAUAAAACGUUCAUUGACAAGUAUAGAUACUCGAGAGAAGCCAUACGUCUGUCAAGUUUGCAACAAGGGAUUCUCGCGACCGUGAGUUUCGUCCUAAAAGUCUUCCCCCUAUCGUGGAUGCCCGCUGAAGAGAGGAUCAGAGACCUGCUGAAACGACACGCCGCAGGCCAUAGCCACUUGCAAGACGGAAAGCGCAGACGGACUUUGUCGUACUCAAAGAGCGGGCGUGUCUCGCAGGCUUGUAAGGCGUGCGCGACGUCGAAACUCAAGUGCGACGAGGAAAAGCCGUGUCGGCGGUGUCGAGAUCGGAAGCUGUUCUGUGAUUAUGCUGAUGCGAAUGCACAGGAUGGUGAGCAACAAGGGUCCAACGAUGAACACGAGCAUGAGCAUGAGCAGGAGGAAUACUCCCCCCUUGAAUCGCAGACCUUUUCGCCGCUCAAUCCGGAGAUGAACUUCCAGCAACUGGUUACGCCUGACGUGCAGAUUGAUUACCUGCCGCCGAAUCCAGGCCCUCCGCCGCCGAUACCCGCAUAUGAUGGCAAGUCAUGCUUGGACAAAGCGCAGACGCAAGCUGACCAGGUCCCAGCUCAAACUGUUUCUUCUCUUGUCGACCACGAAAGCGGCGUUUUCAGCGUCGACGGGACCUUUUUUCCUGAAUUUAUCCCAGACUCCCUCGUCUCAUUAUCGCGUCCUGGAGAAGCCGACCCAUCCGCAUUCCCUCCGAACGACUAUUACGCCCACGGACUCUUUGACUAUAACGGUAAAUUCGACUUCGAUCUGACAGAAGUUGAUUUUGGCCUGAUCGACUUCUACAACUCCCGAGGCUCCGCCAAUCCCGCUCCCCUGCAGCCCGACGAGACCGACUGUGACGCAGACAGAGACAGCGGCAUUGCCCUCGGCGCAGAGGCAUACAGCCGGUCCAGCCUCUCAGCCUGGAAGCCAGGGCAUUCCGACCACGCCUUCGCCGACCAGAAUGACCUGUCCGUGCCCAAGUCGAUCGACAGCCCUGAAGCGAGCGCGCAGUGCAGACAUCAGAUCCUUUCAGAACGGUUGUCACCGGGUAGUCGUGAUCUCAUCUUUGGAAUGGUCCUGCAGACGAGCCAGCGCGCUAACCUAGCACGCAUUAUGAAGUCGUUUCCCAGCACGGAGCUGCUCGACAGCCUGAUCCAGGAUUUCUUUGCGUACCAGGCUCAGCAGGUGGACUCGUGGAUCCAUGGGCCGACCUUCCAUCCGAACGAGGAGAGCCCUGAUAUGGUAGGCAUCGUUGCUGCUGCGGCUGCAGUCAAGUCGACUAUCCCAACGAUUAGGAAGUUGGGGUAUGCGUUAAUGGAGGUUGUGCGGUUGCAGAUGAGUUUGAAGUAUGAAAACGACAACACUACAAUCCGCGACCUCCGGGCGUCGCAGACGUUUGCCCUGACGAUCGAUAUAGGCAUGUGGAGUGGGAGUGGACGGAGGACAGAAAUCGCCGAGAGCUUCCAGCAGCCCGUCCUUACGAUGCUCCGCCGCGGGCUGCGUUUCCGACGCUCGCUCUACCCGACUAUCGUACCGUGUUUAGAAGACACGCCGUCAACAUUAGAGCGCAAAUGGCGCGACUGGGCGGAACAGGAGUCAUUCAAGAGACUCGUCCAUCACCUCUUUCUCCACGACGCCCAAUCCAGCCUGAUGCUGAAUAUUAACCCCCUUAUCUCCUACGCAGACCUGGAACUCCCUCUCCCCAUGAUCCGAGCACUCUGGGAUGCAAAAUCUGCAACUGAAUGGCGAGACAUUUACAUCGCUACGUCAGCAUCAGCCUUGGCUCCAGAGAGACUCCCCUCUCUCGUCGACACCCUACGAGACAUGUCUGCAUACCAGGGCCGUAUCGACCACCAGCUCUCGGCCUCGGUGAUUCUGCAUGGCCUCUCGGCUCUUAUCAAUGAAUACCACCGGCUCAAAUUAAUUGCGCAGGGGAGCUCAAAACACUGGAACGCGCUGGUCAUCAAUUCCAGACAGCAGGAGCUCGAGCAGGUGUUGCAACAUUUUCGUAUGAUCAGCGUCGACACAGACCCCACCGCUAUGUCUAGCCCUAGUUCCAGUCAUGAGAUAUCGCUUCUGCACGAGGUGAUCUCCAUGUUCCUCUUCAUGUCGCUCGAAGACCUCCAGCUCUUCGCCGGAAAAGAGGACAGGAACGAAGCGCGGCGCGUGUAUGACAGCGCCCUGGAAUGGAUUGGCAGCGCCGACAGUCGUAAAGCGAUCUGGCAUGCCGGGCAGGUGAUCCGGGCCGCGAGAGCCAUGUCCAUGGCCAAGGAAGGCUCGCUCACGGGGUUCCUUGCCAUCAGCGUUUUCUAUGCGUCGUUGGCGUUCUGGUCAUACGGGGUUGUCAGCAGAGCUCGUCGCUCAAAGAUCUCUACCACCUCUGCAACCUCUGCCGGAACCAUUACCUCUACCGCCAGCACUAAUACUGUAUCUAGUGUGCUGAGUCCGAAAUUGGGCCUCGGCAGCUCGACCUCGGCCUCCGGCUCUGAGCUGUUAGUCUUCCUAGACGGCGAAGAAACGGCCGACGUCCAUAGAUUCAUCUCUCUGGCGCGCGGGUGCCCUGCUCUCCGGGGAUUCAGUCUAAGUGACGGGCCGGCUCUUGUUUCUGAUCCGGGGAAAGUGAUGGACGUCGCUCAGAGACUCCUAAGAGGUGAUGCGAGUGCCCAGACGCCGUAUGAGGCGCUGUCGCCGCUGGUACAGGGCUUGUGUCAGCUGAUGCAUGGGCUGGGGAGUGCGGCUGGGAGAGAGCCGGACAGUGAUAAGCAGUAG